AUGUUGUCUCUCCAGGUCUCCGCCGCGGCUGCGGCGCCGGCGAUGCGCGCCGCGAAGUGCGAGCGCCCCGCUGCUCCCCGGGGCGCCGCCAGGGCCUCGAUCAAGCCCCGCACGACCACCCGGCGCCAGGUCGUUGCAGCCGCCGCCAUCGCCGCGCCCGCCGGCACGAGCUGGGAGGAGCUCGCGGCCGGCAUGGACGCGAAGUCGCCGCUCGAGAUCAUGGACCACGCGCUCAAGACGUUCGGCGACGACAUCGCGAUCGCGUUCUCCGGCGCGGAGGACGUUGCUCUCAUUGAGUAUGCGCACCUCACAGGGCGCCCGUUCCGCGUCUUCUCGCUCGACACGGGCCGGCUGAACCCCGAGACGUACCAGCUGUUCGACGCCGUGGAGAAGCACUACGGCAUCCGCAUCGAGUACACUUUUCCGGACGCGGAAGAGACGAUGGAGCUGGUCCGCACAAAGGGGCUGUUUUCGUUCUACGAGGACGGCCACCAGGAGUGCUGCCGCGUCCGCAAGGUGCGUCCGCUGCGGCGGCAGCUGAAGACGUACAAGGCGUGGAUCACGGGGCAGCGCAAGGACCAGUCGCCGGGGACGCGCGCCGAGGUCCCGGUCGUCCAGGUCGACCCGGUCUUCGAGGGCGUUGACGGCGGGGAGGGGUCUCUCAUCAAGUACAACCCCCUGUCCAACAUGACGUCGGCCGAGGUGUGGAACUUCCUGCGCGUGAUGAACGUGCCCACGAACAAGCUCCACGAGUGCGGCUUCGUGUCGAUCGGCUGCGAACCGUGCACGAAGGCGGUGCUGCCCAACCAGCACGAGCGCGAGGGGCGGUGGUGGUGGGAGGACGCGACGGCGAAGGAGUGCGGGCUGCACUCGGGCAACAAGGGCUACACCGAGGAGGCCGGCGCGGGGGGGGAGUCGAAGGAGGUGCCCGACCUGUGGGCGGGCAACGCGGACGUGCCCGCGGUGGCCAAGGCGGAGCUCGAGAAGAUCGUCGGCGGCGAGCGCAGCGGGGACAUGCUCCUGGUGCAAUACGCGCCGUGGUGCCAGUUCUCGCAGGCGAUGGAGGACUCGUACGCGGCGCUGGCCAAGGAGCUCAAGGGGACGGGGGUGUCGGUGGCCAAGUAUAACGCGGACGAGGACCGGGCGUUCUGCGAGGAGAAGCUGCAGCUGAAGACGUUCCCGACGAUCGUGAUGCUGCCGGAGGGGUCGGACAAGGUGGUGAAGUUCACCAGCGAGCGCCGCGACGCGGAGACGCUGCGCCUGUGGGUCAACGCGCUGACGACGCGCGCGUAG